GCGAGAUAAAAAAAACUGAAGAAAAGGAGGGGAAAGGAAGAGUCGGCAGUAAGCGAGGGCAUGACGACGAAUACGAAGAGGACGGUAGAUAAGCAGCAGCUUUGUCGGCUCUGUGCCGAAACCAAGGAAGGCUUCAUUGGCAUUUAUGAGGCCGAGGGCCUAAAACUUGCAAUCGAAAAUAAGAUCGCCAAAUGCCUGCAAAUACAGGUUUUUGUAAACGAUUGUUUACCACUGUUUGUUUGUAUUGACUGUUGCGUAUUAUUGAAUCAGUGCAACGAAUUUUAUGAAAAAACCCAUCAAGCUCAAUGUUCUCUUGGCCAUAUGAUAAUAGAACGGAAAGUAAAAGUUCAACAAGAAACUCUCAGAAAUGCUCCUGAAAUUGUUGCAGAAUCAAAUGUAGAUUAUAUAGAUAAAACAAUCAAUUUUGUCAAAGUAAAUAAUUAUGUAGAUAAUUCUGUUGAUGACAUAGGUGAUGAUUAUUUUGAUGAUAAUAAUGGUCCCAUGGAAAAGGCAGCAUGUGAAAAGAGCAAAGAUGUUAGUGAAAAUAAAUCCAAAAAUCUUACAAAACAAAAUUGUCCCAAACAGAAUAAUAAGAAAAAAGUAAAAAGGAAAACUAACUCGCUUAAAAUUAAUGAAAAGGAAUUGCAAGAUUUAUUGUUAAACGAACUAGAUAAUGAACAAAUUAAUGAAAAGGAUGGGAAGCCUAAUGUAAAAAUUCCAGAUAAUUAUAUGACAGGUACAGAUUCCGAUAUGGAAAUAAUCGUUCUUACAGGGAGAAAAGACAAUCCAGAACAAAUUCCAAGAAUAAGGCAAAAAAAGGGAGACAGAAUAGAUAGAUAUCCAUGGUUAUGUACAGAUUGCAAUGACAAGUUACCUAGCUUAGAAGCUCUCGAAGACCAUCACAAGACUAUUCAUAAUCAGAAAGCUAAAUACAUGUGUGUACAAUGUUGUAAAGUUUAUGAAAAAUAUUAUGGAUUCUUAACUCACGUUAAAAGACACAGAACCAAGACGAAAUUCAGUUGCGAUGAUUGUGGCAAAACGUUUGUUCACAAAAAGGUCUUAGAUACACAUAAGGCGAUUCAUAGUGAAGAGAGGCCACAUAUAUGUCAAACCUGUGGUAAAGCGUUCAGGCAACAGAGUGCUUUGUAUAUUCAUAGUCGAUGUCACUUACCAGAAAAUAUGAAAAAUAGAUUUCCAUGUGAUCAAUGUGAAAAAAGAUUUUCUACAAAACCUAAUUUAGUAACGCACAAACGUAUACAUUCUGGAGUGAGAAAUUUUACUUGUGAUCAAUGCGGUAAAAGCUUUAUUCAAAAGGGUAACUUAGAAGCUCAUUUUUUGACGCAUUCUGCCGAUAAACCUUACAGUUGUUCCCAGUGUUCCAAAGCAUUCAAAACUCCAUUACAAUUAAAGAAACAUGAGACUGUUCACACCGGGGCCAAACCACAUCAAUGUGCAAUAUGUGGCAGAACAUUUAGGGAAAAAGGAACAUUAAGAGAGCAUCACAGGAUUCAUACGGGCGCUAUGCCUUUCUCUUGUGAAUUCUGUGGAAAAUGUUUUCGAUUUAAAGGAAUAUUGACGACUCAUCGGCGUCAACAUACAGGUGAACGCCCGUACAGUUGUUUAGAAUGCCAACAUCAUUUUACUAACUGGCCAAAUUAUAAUAAACAUAUGAAACGACGUCACGGUAUCAACACUUCACAUUCAAAGCAUCAACAACCGAGUCAACAACAGCAACAGGAGUCUCAGCAGAAUUUACAGAAUCUUCAGGCAUUGCAAAAUCAACAGAAUCCAAAUAGGAUUCAGCAACAGCAACAACAGCAUCAGCAACAACACUUACUUGUACAAAUCAUAUAUUUUCGAUUUAUUUUACAGGUGAUACAAACUGUGCCACAUGUAACCGUAACUACUCAGCCAAUUGUUUUACAAACUUUACCAACUAGUGGUUCCGUCACUGCUAUUCAAACCUUUGCCGAGGCUACAGAAGUUACAAACUCAGGAGCGUCAAUCAUCCAGGAACCGGUACCCGGGACAAAUGGAUUCCGAGAACGCAGUCACGGCGCUACUGCCUAUUUCAACGCCCUCAGUACUCCCCUUUCUACUUUUUUACCUCCUAAUCUUCCAUAUAAUUUUUACAACAUAUCAAACGUUACUGAAGGCGAUCUCAUACAUAAUAGAUAAGUGACUUGUAUGUAGAAAAUGACAGGACGAGUAUAUUUUUAAUCGAUUAAUUUUAAAACUGUUCGCAAAUCAGUGCUGUUAAUUAUUAUUGGUUUUAGAAUAUAGAACUUCUAUUAUCAUUAGAUUACUG